UGGAGCGAGAUCAUGUGAGAGUCCACGCGCCGAAAGUAGGUUAGACUACAGAGCACCGCAGAUACGAAGAGAGAGAGAGAAAUCGGGGAGCGCGUCAUUUUGUUUGCAUAGCUUACAUUGCGCGCUUGCAAUCGGGCAAAAAAAUGAAGACCAGGAGUUGGGGGAAUUUAUUCUAAACAACCGGACGUUGCUUGUUUUAGGAAGACGGGUCUGACAGCACAAUAACUUAUGAGUUUUAGUCCUUUUAUUUUCAUGCAAGCACUCCUUUUUGGAGUUUUACCAGUUUUUACCAGAUUUUUACUUUUGGAGAUCAAAUGCGCCGGAGUUCCAUUAUUUAUCGCAGAUAAUAUAACAUCAAAAUGAGAGGCCUUUGCACUGGCCUGUAUUUCUACAUUUUACUGAACAAUCAAAGAUCAACAGCUCAAAUUGAGGUAAUCCCAUGCAAGAUAUGUGGAGACAAGUCAUCAGGCAUCCAUUAUGGAGUGAUCACUUGUGAGGGUUGCAAGGGCUUCUUCCGUCGAAGUCAGCAAAACAAUGCAAUAUACUCCUGCUCGAGGCAGAGGAACUGCCUUAUUGACCGAACCAAUCGCAACCGCUGCCAGCACUGCCGCCUGCAGAAAUGUCUUGCGCUGGGCAUGAGUCGCGAUGCUGUGAAGUUUGGCCGCAUGUCCAAAAAGCAGCGUGACAGCCUCUACGCAGAGGUUCAAAAGCACCAGCAGUCCCAAGAGCGAGCUGGAGGCCUGGGCGGCACUGCACCCGGAAGCGCUGGUGAAGAAACCGGUGACAAUGGCAGCUGCCACGCCCGUACCUACAGUCGGGGCUCCAGCACUACGCUUAGCGACCUGGAUGACAUUACCAUGCUACCCGACGGGCUGCUGUUCGAUCUGCCGCUCACGCCAGAAGAAGCUGGCGACUGCUGCAGCCUGGAGCUGUUGGGGAGCAGCGGAGGAAGCACUUCAUCCUCCCAGAGUUCCCCUGAGCAGAACAGACAGGAGUUUACAGACGCACCGCACAUCAAACACGAGUACGAGUCAGGACUUUUCUCUCGCUCGCUGCUUAAUCUACCUGAAGGCUGUUCCUUGCUGGAAAUUGAACGCAUCACACAGAACGUGGUGAAAUCCCACAUUGAGACGAGUCAGUACAGCCCAGAGGAACUAAAGCGAUUAGCUUGGACCCUCUAUACGCCCGAAGAGAUACGCGCCCAUCAAAACAAGUCCACUGAAAUACUGUGGCAACAGUGUGCCGUGCACGUCACCAACGCCAUCCAGUACGUGGUCGAGUUUGCCAAGCGUAUCACUGGGUUCAUGGACUUGUGUCAAAAUGACCAGAUUAUCCUUCUCAAAGCAGGCUGCUUGGACGUGCUAUUGAUCCGAACGUGUCGGGUCUACAAUCCCGUCAACAACACGCUGUUGUUUGAUGGAAAGUAUGCAAGCCCUCAGCUCUUCAAAGCACUCGGUUGUGAUGAUCUGGUGAGUGCCGUCUUUGAAAUGGCUAAAACCCUGAGUCGACUACAGCUGUCUGAAGAGGAGAUGGCAUUGUUUUCUGCCACUGUACUUCUGUCUCCAGAUCGACCUUGGUUGACAGAUAGCCAGAAGGUACGAAAGCUUCAGGAGAAGGUCUAUGUUGCAUUGCAACACUGUCUUCAUAAAGGCGGCGCUCCUGAGGAGAAACUGACAAAGAUGGUGUCCAAGUUACCCAUGAUGAAGUCUAUUUGCAACCUUCAUAUUGAUAAGUUGGAGUUUUUCCGCCUCCUUCACCCAGAAACAGCCUACAAUUUUCCUGCUCUCUACAGAGAGGUUUUCUGCAGCGAAAUCACCUUCCCAGACUCCACUGAGGGCUAACAUUCAUUGAAGUGCUAUACUGGUGCUGAUGAGAGAGAGAGAGAAAGGUAGAGAGAGAUUAGGAAUUACAGAGGAAGGAUAUAGGAGGCAGAUGGAUAAGUGUUUGAGAGAAACCAGCAACACACUGACAAUCCUGCACAUUACACUUUAAAACUCCAUCUAUAACCUCCACCCAUAACCUCCCUCAGAAUGGCGUAACUCCAGAAAGGGUACUCCAUAAAAAUAAGGUGCUUGAAAUGUGGAUUGAGGGAUAUUUCCCUUCAUUAUUAUUUCUGUACCUUUAACAGAAGAGCAUUUACCUGAAUGUAACCCAUCUGGCAUGUGGCACAGCCUCAGGGUUAGGACAGAUUGUAUUAUGUAUUAUUCCUGGCCCAUAUGUACACAGCUCUUGAAAACUGUUUUGAGGGACCAAACGCAAGCACUCCUGAGGUAAUAAAUGCCACAUGAGCAUUCACAUUUUUAGACACUAACAUACAGAGCAGACAUUGUACAAACACGCAUGCAUGUUUUGAGCUCAUAAAAUUGAGACGAUGCAAUUAAACUAACAAAAACCUCAUCCCUGCUUCCCUUUCCCAUGCAAAUGCCACUUCGAUAAAAAUGUUAGAUACUAUUUUGAUAUCCUUGUUUGAUUUGAACAGAAACCACAUGUGUGUAGAAUAUUGAAUGUUUGAAUAUAUUUAUAAACAGAGCGAGAGAUAUAUUUAAAGAAAGAGAGAGAGAGAGAGGACUAAAAAGAUAGAAAGUUGCACCUUUGUGUGAAUGUUCUCACGGGACUUCCCAACUAUUGGACUGGAAUUCUGGGAUGAAUGGACUUGACAUGCUGAUUUUGAAACUUUUAGAUGCAGAUGCAAAUGAACAGCACUUAAAAUCCUGAUACAUCACAACAAUCCUAAUAAAAUGCUUUCAUUGACACCACCUUACAUGGCCGGGACUUUGCUGUUACCCCACAUUAGAUGGCUGAAUGACAAUGGCACUAUGAGAGAAACUUUUUGACAUCGGGCCUCCCGAAUGAAACCAUUUUCAUGGCCGAUUUGGAGCAGGGCCUUAAGAGACUGCAAAGUUCAGGGAAGGAAACGGAUGGGAGGAUGUUGCAUGUUGUUUUCCAGUGUGUUUUUAGAGACGACCUGAGCUUACUGUCGGUCUCUAGGGCACCACGGAAAUCGGGCCCAGAUGUCAACAUUUAGACCUCAUUUUUCUUCAGCUGCAAGGAUAAGUAGAUUCACAGACUAUACCUCAUGCAUCGAAUCUGAUGUGGGGAUCAGUGUUGUUUUGCUCUGCGUUUAUAUCCCACCACCCCUAACCUUUUUGUGUUCAAAUAUAGCACAACUAUUGGUUGACAGAGCCAUCAGCUACCCCCCUGAGUUAGGGAUAGCUAGAGUUUUAAAACUUUGCAAUUCAAAGUUAAGGAUAAAUGUAUCUAUUAAUUGUGUGAUUUUAUGUCUAAAAGUCUGAUUGGUUUCAGGAGAUAUUUAGGAAUGACCUAGAAAUAGGAAAACCAGGCAAAGCCCAGUGGAGGGUUUUUUAAACCCCCCUAGUGGCCAAAACAGCAAAAGAAAAAAUUCUGUAGCUGUGUCAGAUUACAGGGUAUGAAAGAAUGUCGUUUUGAAUGAUUGAUAAUUAUCAACCUUCCUGACAGUUACACUUUAAAGUUCAUCUGAUGUUUAGUUUUAGCACUGCUGGAACAGUGCCGCUUGUCCAAAUUGUAUAUUUUCUUGUAAGUUUUUUACAGUUGGUGUAAUACACUUUUCUGGGUGCUUAAUACAGUAUCAUAAUGUUUGCCGGUGCAAUAGUCAGUCUUUCUAUUUUUAGUAUUGAGGGCCUUUACAAACCAAGGAUUCGUCACCUUGGGUUUCACAAGCACUCCAGCUCAGAUCAUUUAACACCCUGUCAAAGUUGCUAAGUUGAGUAAACACUCAGAUUUCUUUUUAUUUUUUAUACUUGUCUAGUAUUAACUGACUAAAGUGGACGUGUGGCAGAGAAAGAUUGUAGCAAAGUGAAAAUACUUUGUAAAAAAAAAACAUUUAAAGUUUUAGAUGUUGUAUUUUGUGGAGUGUAAUUCGCAGUCUGUCUGUCUCAAGUGAUCAUCAUCUCGUUCUUGAGCGCAGCUCUUUAAGAAGUAUGCGUUUUUAUUUACACUCAGUCACUCAGGGAGAUAGCUGGGUUCUCUGUCCUGCAAUGUCUUUUUCAGUUAGCCUAGCAAGACACCUUGCACCAAAUAGAGGACCUUAAACCUUGAUCACUGUGUAUGGUAACUUUUCUUGUGAAUGUUUAUCGCAGAAGUAUCAAAGACUUUUACCCCUGUCUUUUAUCAGUGCUUUGGAGGACUUUUCAAGUUUGACUUAAAACAGAAUAGGAUCAAAAUAUAUAUUUUAAAAGGCAUAGAGAUAAAUGUAAGGAUGAAUUUAAUUUUGUUUUUUAGUUUUGUGAUGGUUUUUUUUUAGUCCUUUUCUGUAAUGUAUAUUUUCACCCAUUUAGUGUUAUCCUUUGUCGUGCAGAAGUUCAAAUCCUAUUUUUUUAAAGAGCAUUUUUAAAAAGAAAAUCCCCUGAGAGUCCUCUUGUUUGCCAUGACCCAUCUGUGGUUAUUUUCAGUUUUAACUUUAUUGUUUUACGGUGUUUAAGUCAUGUUAUAGAUUUUAAGGAAUAAUUUAUGAUAUAUUAUAGAUACAGAACUUAAAACAAGCACAUUAAAGAUGUAUUGUUGUACAAUGAGGAUUAAACCCAUGAAUUCCAGAAUGUAAUAAAGGUCUUUUUACUUUA